AUGACAACAUUCAAUUCGCGCGCAGGCCGAGUCGCGGUGCUCGCAGUCUUCUUUAUCCUCGCCCUUAUCUGGCUCUUGCCCAGCCAUGAUGCCCCCUUAGUGUCGCCAAUCUUCUACGCCGGGGAUGGAUACAAUAGCAGUCACCCCAUCGAUGCUCUGAUCGAUACCGCAAAGACCGAUCUCCACGAACUCCUCGGAACACAAGCGCACGACCUUCAAACUGCCGCAGACCAAUAUCGAGCGCGGCGUGGGAGACAUCCGCCUCCUGGUUUUGGAGAAUGGUACCAGUUUGCAAAGUCUAAGGAUUCAUUGAUUAUUGAAGAAUUCUUCGAUCAGAUCUAUCACGACCUGACUCCGUACUGGGCUCUCGACCCGAAGGAAUUGCGUCGACAAGCUAGAAGCAUCCCGACCCGUAUCACUAUCCGCAACAAAACCGCGAUAUUGAAAACCGAUGAGCCGAGAAAUUGGAUGGACUCGUGGUAUGAUCUGGUCGCGAAAUUGGAGGACGGACUCCCCGAUCUCGAUAUGCCAAUCAAUGUCAUGGAUGAAACUCGGCUCGUUGUGCCCUGGGAGGAAAUCAAUGAGUACAUUCAGAAGGAGCAGGCAAAUCGCGUGAUGACGAAACCGAGCCGUGUUAUCCCCGAAUACAUGUCUUUGACCGAUUGGGAUAACGAAGACCUGGAACCUUAUGAUCCUGGAUUUGCAAUUCCGGGCGAGGGAGGUUACUGGGAGAUGGCUCGGGUUGGCUGCCCACCUGGAAGCCCUGCACGCACCAGCACCCUGGCCAAGGUUGAUUUCAGUACUCCUCCUUGGGAAUACGACAAUUUCGAGAGAAUGUCAUACCACGGUUAUGUAUCAAACUUCACAUUGACAAAGGACCCAUGCGUGCGCCCAGAGAUGCAGGUAUUGCAUGGAACCUUCCUUGAGCCCAUCUCUGUUUCAACUUCGCACAAGCUGAUGCCAUUGUUCGGCGGGUCCAAGCUUCCCAUGAACAAUGAGAUUCUUCUUCCCCCGGCGAUGUACUGGGCCCAGAACGACCAUUAUUCCGGCGGGGAGAAGGAGCACGGUGGCCCUUGGGCAUCGAAAAUGAAUAAGGCUAUGUGGCGAGGUGCUGCUACUGGCGGCCGGGCUCGAGAGCCCAACUGGACGGGCUUCCAGCGACACCGAUUCAUGUCGAUGAUGAACGCGACAUCAGUGGCUCAGGCCGAGAAGAACCAAAGCCACGGCAUCAACUUCAGACUCCCAAACUAUGCCGAUUACAAGUUGAAGGGCGACGGGUUCAUCCCGCAGCUUCUCUCGGAGCAUACUGACACAGGCUUCAACCACCUGGUUUGCACGCCUUAUAAUGAAUCGGACCCGACGUGCCCGUAUCUUGAUCCAUAUUUCGAGGUCGCGCCUGGAAUGGCAAUGAAGGAUAUGUACAACUUCAAGUAUCUGCCCGAUCUUGACGGGAACUCCUUCAGUGGACGGUACCGCGGAUUCAUGUUGUCCACUUCCCUCCCUAUCAAAGCUACUAUCUACAAAGAGUGGCACGACUCGCGACUGAUUCCGUGGGUACACUUCGUCCCCAUGGAUACCACUUACCUUGACAUUUAUGGAAUUAUGGCAUAUUUCCUCGGCGGCCGUGACAAGGUUGCCCGUAAAAUUGCGCUCGCUGGGAAAGCUUGGGGCGAGAAGGUCCUGCGCCGGGAGGACAUGGAGAUAUAUACAUACCGACUUCUCUUGGAGUAUGCGCGCAUUUGCGAUGAUCAGAGGGAAUUCCUCGGUUAUGUCGGUGAUCUCAAGAUGUGA